AUGGACGAACCAGGCUGGGCAUGGCCCGCCUGGAAGUUUAACAUGAAGAGGGAUGACCUCUUCAGUACCCUCCACGAUGAAUACAACACCGUUACAUUUGCUCUCCAGGACCCCAGGGCCUUCCACCAUGAUGUUCUCGAGCUCUCCAACCAGGCCGAUAACGCUGACGAGUUCCACCAACUGAUGGCUGAGCGCAAAUGCCAGCGCGCCAAUGAAAUUAAUAGCUGCCUCGAGUCUCUCGCCGUCGAAAUUAUUGCCAACCCCAUGUUGAUGGGUACCGAUCAGUGGCAACAUGCCCUCCAGCUUUUCCGAAAUAAAUCCUACGAUUCCAUCGUUCGCUACUUUGCGAGCUACAUCCCCGAAGAAUACAUGGACGAGCAGCAUUGCCCAUCACCAGUCUCGGAUACAUCCGUUUCCGAGAGCCAUUCUAUCUGUACCAAUAGCACCAAAUUUACCGAUGUCGAAGACAUGACACAGUCUUUCGACGAAGACGACAUCUUCCCCAACGGUCCCGUCAUGGCCGUCAAGCCUUGUUCCAUGGAUACACAUGGUCCCCCAUCCCCGCCACACUCAGAGGCUGUCACGUUGGAUGAGUCUGACGACGCCAGCUAUCCCUCGACUGGCCGGUCGUCUCGAUCUGCGUCUUUCUCCGCCUCGGAGUCGGAGAGACUACCGGGCUUCCUUCGAGAUCUUUCAAAAGAAGAUGAUACUACAUCGCAGUCUGAUAGUGGCGAGACUGUACUGACGUCGGCUUGCGACUCUGUCGAGACCAUCUCAUCUGUUGAUCCAGCGGAUGAUUACCAUGACUCCAAAUAUAUGCCCAUGACUCCUCAAGACGACGAGGAUUGGGACAUCAACAACCUGCCUAUCCAAUACUCGGAAGAUGAACUCAAUGAUACCCUUACCUACGAUACCCUGGAUUCCGAAACGGCAACACCUAAACCAUUACCGGAAGCCACCAAUUAUCUCGAGUAUCCCAGCAAGGUCACUAACCUCAGAACCUUGCCUACAAGGCGGUUACAAUCGCCUAAAGCAUAUAGCAGAAACCGAACCUCAGCAACAGCGUCGCGUGUCAUUUACCGGAGGAGCCCUGACGAGGUUUCAUCCAAGAUACAAAAAGCCUCAGCCGAGGCCGCCAGAAGGCGGCCCAAAGGCAGAAUGGGGUUUGACUAG